AUGGACAGCAAGACGGCUGGCGGCGACUGGGACCACCUGCUCGAACACGGCGUCAUCGCCUCGGACCUACCCAAUCGCGAUCCAAUCGCUUGGACCCAGCAGGAACGAGCCCAAGGCGCAGCGGCCGCGCGGGUCGGUGCACCGUCGCCGCCGCAGACGUCGUCACUGGGCUUGACGCGUCUGUGCAAACAGAUCGGUGGUCCGCAGUUGACUCGCACGCUCGCUUGGGGGACCCUGCUCGUGCUUGCUGCGGUGGGAUUCAUGACAUUGGUUGGGUUCGCCCACGGUUCGCUGAACUAUGUCGAUUAUUCGUGGAGGGAUAUUCAUCAGGCGGGGUGGUCGAGGGUCCCGGCGCGGAUCGAUCUUGGCGCCGAGACGUCGAUUCCGCAUACCGACCCGGAUUCAUCCUCCUCCAACUGGAGGGCGGACCAUGACCCGAUCCGACAACAACAACAACACAGCGACACUCUCUGGAACACUCACGAUCUUUCAAAGUCCUCGGCCGAACCAGACGCUCCUCUGACACCGCCCUCGACCUUGCAAGCCGCCACCGCCGCUUCGGACUUGCACCUGCUCAUCCUUACACCGCUAUCGACUUCGUCGUCCGAUUUGAACCAUUAUUUCGCCCUGCUCGACAAGAUGGUUCAUCCGCGGUGCAACACAUCGCUCGGCUUCCUCGUCGCAGAUGAGCAAGACGACACCGCUUCGAGAUUACAGCAGAUGCUGCUCGACCGACCUGGCUUCCGCGAAAUCACCUUGAUCAGGAAGGAUUUCGGAAUUGAAGGGCCGACGCGCGGCGCACGACAUCGCCGAUGGUGGCAGCAGCAAAGAAGGUGAGCAGCGAUCGCACAUGAAUUCUUAAAGCCGAGUUGACUUCAGGCAAAAGAAAAACUGACGAUAUUCCUUUAAUUCGUGUGUGCUUAUUCCAGGGCAAUCAUGGCCAAAGCACGAACGGUGCUCCUCAUGUCGGCGUUAAACGCUUCGAUCGAUUGGGUGCUCUGGCUCGACUCCGACGUGGCCGAAUACUCGCCUUCGCUCUUUGAAGAUCUCCUCCUUUACGGUGGCACCGGUGUCGUCUUCCCCAACGCCUCACAACACCGCGAUCUCCCUCCCCUACCAUCCGAAGGUGACAUCCCAGCCGAUAUCGUCGUCCCCAACGUCUUUAUCUGCAAACACCGCACCCUGGCCCCUUACGACCUAAACUCAUGGGCCGAGACCACUCGCUCGCGCCAACUCAAAGCCAGCCUCAACCCAUCGAAAUUCAUUUUCGAGGGCGGAGGAACGAAUCUCCAACGAGCCCAUCUCACAGAUGCCUUCGUUCGUCCCUCGAAGCUUGUUUCGACUUACACCGCGUCGCUGUACCCACAUUACCGGCCUGAGGGUUGGGAAGAGUCGGAUCUGUACGACCGGAAUUCCCCGGCGUUCGUCGGAAAAAGGAUGGAUUUGGACGGAGUAGGAGGUGUGGCUACGCUCGUUCGGGCCGACGCUCAUCGCAUGGGGGCCGUUUUCCCAGCUUUCUUGGUCGAUCAUCAACUCGAGACCGAAGGGUUCGGAGGUGAGUGGAUGAACUUGUCCUAGGUCUUGAAUGCGUGGGACCAGCUUUGUUGAUAUUCCUCCCUCAUCACGUGCGCAGUCCUCGCCAAGGCUUUGGGCGCUCGCAUCGUCGGCUUACCGAACUACAUCGUUGUACACUGUGCGUGGCCGCACAUCAGACCUACCUACACGCGCUAUUCGUCAAGACUGACUCUGUUUCCUUUCUACACAGCCAAUCAUUGA